CAUACUGCUGGAUUAAUUAUAUUAUUUGACUCUCGUUGUUCUGUUACCGGCUUACGCCGAAGAGCUCGUUUUAUCUUGGGGAAAGGUUUUCGCUAGUCGGAAAUACUUUCUUGAGGACAGCGUUUACGCGACUCGAGCUAUAUUAUUUUUCUAACGCUUUUUUGCAGGUUUAUCCGGCCAAUUUCCUACAACAAUCUCAAGAAAGUAGUUUGCGUCGGAUAUGCCUGCACAUAUGAUCUCACAAAGCGUUGCCGCCGCACUCGUCGGGGCUAUGUUAUAUCUACAUAUGUGAUGCGAAGUAGGUUGUGAUACACCCGCAUGGGGAGCCGUAUUAAUCAGAUAAACGCACACAAAAGUCUUCUACGUGUUUAUCCGGCCAAUUUCCUACAACACUUAUUUGCUCCCCUCUUCUUAUCACUCAGUCCAUCAGCACUCCUAAAAACGUGGGGUGGCCCCCACUUGUGUGGGAGGUCAUCCCGUUAUGUCCCGCUCACUCUCAUAACUCUCAACCUCAGAAGCUCCUUCUUCCUCUAAGCUUCGUCGAGUGUCCAUCUCCCGACGCCUGUGCAGUAUUCCGAUGUCGCCGGCGGAGGGGCUCCGGAUAGAGGCCGGCACUUCGGGCCGAGCUUUGCAGCGGUGGUAAGAGAUUCCAACCCCGGCCAAACAGUUGCAAUCGAACACUACAUGCUCGAAACCCGGGUUUAGCUCGGCCAGAAUGACGGAAGAUGAAAUGGACACACCGAGGCGUCUAGAGGAGGAGAACCGCAAGCGUCGGAGGGAAGUUGAGAGUUGUUUCUCUCCUGGGUACACUUGCGUUCCAGUUCUUCCCAUCCGUACAGGUUACACAGUUCUAAUCCAUGGAUACUUCAUGCUUUGACUCCGGAUUCUUGUUGUUUCUUGGUCGAUUUUCACCCCUAAGUUCAUUUUCGAGACUGGAUUUGAAUUUGGAAUCAUGAAUUACGGCCACAGACUCAAAAUCGAACCGGAAUUUCGCGACUUUUACUGUUCAUCUGCGAAUCGAUUUAUGUAAGAAGCGUUUUAUUUAAGAUUGUUUCAGGGGUUUUAAGAUUUAAAAUGUCCUUGAUUUUUGCAACCACAUAUGAGUGCAAACCUAGGUACAGCAGCACCGAAUGGUGCUUAUAUGGAUUUUGUCCCUCCUGUUAUUUGUGAUGCUCAGAUUGCAGUUUACAAUGCUGCAUCACUGGAAGUGGACCUUGAUAAUGAUGAACCCCAGGUGGCUACCCGUACUGUGGAGGUAACCGUGGGUGUUCAUCAUUCUGAUGUUUCCUUUGAGAACCGACCAGGAAAUGAUGAGACCGUCUCUGAUCCUACACUUGAGAAUACAAUUACUACGCUUGCAUCCCAACUGUCCGGUGAUGAAACUUUCUCUGAGGACAGUCAGUCACUAACCCUUUUAGUUUCAGGUCGUCAAAUAGCUGAAGUGGAAGUCUUUGACGGAUUUACCCAAGUCAAACGACGAAAUAGCAGAAACACAAUCACAAAAAUAACUACAAGUGAAGUCAAAGAGGAUGAACAACAAUACUUCCAAGCGGAGUAUACAUCACACCCAAUGAUCACCAGAAGCCAAUAAAAAAAACCCCAGGACGACACGGACUAAUUUCAAAAAGAAUGUCUGCUUUCUAAUGAUCACUUUUGUCUUGAUAUUUCUAUUUAAUUUUCAGGAAAAAUGUUAUAGGUUGGAUGACUUGCUAAAGGACUACUACAGGGAGAACGUCACCACAUAUGAGUUAUGGGCAAUCAAAUAAAGGCUGAUGAUGAGAUACCUAUGAGGGGUGUUCAAGUAUUUAAUUCCCAGAACUGGAUUUCCCUGACCUAAGGCAGUGCAACUAUCUGCAUUCUUUCUUGAAUAAUGAGCUUUACUCGAUUGUUGAACUCAAAAUGGAGGAAGGCUUGCUUCUACAUGCGUGGCUUUUGAAGCUGAUCAAGUCUCAGGACUGCCUUGAAGAAACCAUGAGGAAAAGGGAGCACGUGUUGUUGAUUACUUCCAUAAGAAUGCCAUUGUCGGGGCUUGGCACUUAAAGAUUGUUU